AUGGCCAACGAACAAAAUUUGCCGACAAUAGCCUCCAUCUCCUCCCUUCCGAGAGAGGUGCUAGCUGAUGUUCUUGCACGUGUCGCGGCUUCUUCAUCCACUGAUCUUUUCUGGGCAAAACUAUGCUGUAAGCUGUUUUCCGAAGUUUUGGAAGGCAACAAUGUUUACCAGCGCGUGUCCUUGGACAAGUUUGAAAUCGUUCCAUGGCAUAAAAAUCAUAGAGUGUCCAAAUUCUUGAAGAAGUGUAGACAAAGUAAAAAUCCAGAAGCCUUGUAUCGGAAAGGGGUGGUAGGCAUCAUGGUUUUUGGCAAUUUGCUUCAUUUUAUUCUGCUUUUUACAUUCAAGCUAGAAAUGAACAACUUAGUCUAUGACAUUAUAAUUCUAGCUCUGCACUUCGACAACUUGGGUUUCUUUGGAAAAGGCAAGAAUGUGGAAGCAGCAUUGGAAUGCCACGACGAAGCUGCGCAAUCAGGCCACGACGAAGCUGCCUAUGCCUUGGGAAUAAUUUUCCUCUUUGGUGGGGACCACUUAAAUCCGAAAGGUAUGACUCUGAUUAGCGGCAUGAAGAAAUCAGAAACUCAAAAACGGAAAGUGAAACAUUGCCGUGACAGUUUGCGAAGGAUUCUGAGGAGGAUUUGGGUACAAAAUCCUGUGGUUCUAAGCCAAAGGCCCAUUUGUUAUGGCAUGCAGCAUAACAGUCGUAGAUGUUCAUGGCCUAUGCAUGAAAUUGAUGAAGAGGACAUCACAUGUGAAGGCUGUGCUUGUGAUGAUGAAAUUGCAACAAUUUGUGAUGCCUUACCUCCAUUUAUUGUGUAA